AUGAAUGGCAUUAUUCAUCAUUGUUCUCAUCCAAAUGAUACGGAUGCACAUUUCCGUGUUUCCGAGGACAAAAUUUUCCUUGAUAUAUUUAACUAUAUCGAUCAUUUAUUUACAAAAAUAAAACCGAAAAAACUAUUUUUUUUGGCCAUCGAUGGCGUUGCUCCAAGGGCCAAAAUGAAUCAACAACGUGCUAGACGAUUCAGAACUGCUAAAGAAGCCGCAGAAGCUGUCAAAAAAGCUGAAGCUAAGGGGGAAUCGUUGCCAAAAGAGGCACCUUUUGAUAGUAAUUGUAUUACACCAGGCACAGAAUUUAUGGAAAAACUUUCACGCCAACUUAAAUAUUUUAUAAAUAAGAAAGUAACAGAAGACUCGAAUUGGAGAAACAUUGAAAUAGUACUGUCUGGUCACGAAGUACCGGGUGAGGGAGAACAUAAAAUUAUGGAAUAUAUUCGUAUCACGAAAGCCCAAGAUAAUUACAAUCCCAAUGUUAGACAUUGCCUUUAUGGAUUGGAUGCUGAUUUAAUUAUGCUUGGACUAUUAAGUCAUGAUCCACAUUUUGCUUUACUAAGAGAAGAGGUCACUUAUGGACCGAGUAGUAGAAAGAAGAAAACAGGACGGGUUGAAUCUCAAAAUUUCUACCUCAUGCAUUUGUCAUUAAUGCGUGAAUAUUUGGAUCUUGAGUUUUCAGUACUUAGGGAUAAACUUCCUUUUAAUUAUGAUCUCGAAAGAAUAAUAGACGAUUUUGUCCUGUUAGCAUUAUUUGUUGGAAACGAUUUUUUACCACAUUUGCCCAAUCUUCAUAUAGCCGAAGGGGCACUUGGAUUGAUGUUUCACGUGUACAAAACAGUUUUACCGGAUGCCGGUGGUUAUAUUAAUGAUGGAGGAAAAUUAGAGUUGAGCAGACUUGAGAUGAUAUUUAAAGUAUUAUCUAAUUUUGAAAGAAAUGUUUAUGAAAGUAAUAUGGAAGAUGCAAAAUGGUUUAAAGGAAAGAGAAAAUAUCCGGAUAUGUUGGAAAAAGAUAAAAGAAAGAAAUUAAUACUAACGACGAAACAAAGAGAAAUUUAUAAUCAGAUCAAAAAAUUAGUCGUAACACGUGCUUCGGAUUCAAUUCACUUUCCUGUUGAUUAUCCCGCAAGAGAUCGUAAGUUUAUACAGGAUCUUGCUAAAGACUUGGGCAUUAAAUGUUUAGUUGAAUACGAUGAAGAUACGGAAGACAAACAUUUAUACGUUGAAGGAGAUGGGUCAGAAGAUGAAAUGAGAUAUAAGGUUUUUAAGAAAUAUGAAGAGGCAAAAGUUGUUGAUGAGGAGGAGGAUGUCGAAUCAUUUGAAGAAAGAGAAAGACAGAAUGAUGAAGAAAAAUUUAUUAAGUGGAAGAGAGAUUAUUAUAAAGAGAAACCAAAGAUUGAUUAUGACGAACCAGUACAGAUAGAUAGAAUUGUAGGUUCAUAUAUUGAAGGAUUACAAUGGGUUUUGCACUAUUACUACAGGGGUGUAGCUUCUUGGGGAUGGUUUUACCCAUAUCAUUACUCGCCAAAGAUUUCAGAUUUACAUGAUUUGGAGAGAUUCAAUAUUGAUUUUGAACUUGAAAGACCAUUCAAACCGUUUGAGCAAUUAAUGGGUGUAUUGCCCGAAGGAAGCAAAAAUCUUAUACCCAUUCCAUAUCAGGAUUUGUUGACUAAUCCUAACUCUCCAAUAAUAGAUUUUUAUCCCCAAGAAUUCGAACUUGAUAUGAAUGGUAAAAAGCAGGAUUGGGAAGCGGUUGUUAAUAUCCCAUUCAUUGAUCAAAAAAAAUUAGUCGCUGCUUUGAACGCCAAGGAAGACGAAUUGUCCGAAGAAGAAAAGCGAAGGAAUAGUUUUGGCGAUUGCCUUUUGUUUACAUAUGAUCCAAGUCUGGACGAAAACUACCCUUCUUCAUUACCAGAUCUUGAACAUUGUCAUUGUCGUACUGAACCUUAUCAUCUCCCAACUUUGGAUGGUCUGAAGCUUAUAAAAGGGCUUUGUGAUGGAGCUCGAUUGGGGGUUGAAGCAAUGGCUGGUUUCCCAUCAUUGGAAACGCUUAAUUAUACGGCGAAGCUUGAACAUCAUGGACAUUUCAUAUCGGAAACUAACAAUCACGUCAUUCGAACGUUAUAUAGAAACGAAACUAUGGUUAUUACAUUAAUUGAUCAAUUUGCAGACAUGUCAACUGAAGAUUUAGCUCAUGAAAAACUUGGCAAGAGAAUAUUUGUUGGUUGGCCUUUUCUUCAAGAGGGAUUAUUGCAAGCUGUAUCUGAUGAAACUUGGAGAUACGAGCUGUACACACCAUCUAAUGGGCAACCUCAAGUUAACAAAUAUCAAAAUAAACAAGAUGAUUGGCGACGGAAGGCCGAUAAAUGCGGACAAGUUUACAAUAAAAGAUUUGGGUCCGUGACUGGAACAGUGAAUGUUAUUGCUCAUGUUUUGAUGCUUAAAGGUAUGAAAAGAUUGCAAAGUGGCGCAUUGGUUAAAGAAUAUGCUAGCGUUGGAGAGGAGAUCGAUUAUGCGAUGCAAACGACAGUGGAUGCUGUUGAAUGUGAGGAUCCUAGAUAUAAAGAAAAACCUGCUAUUUCAUUAGCCGAGGAGUUUCCAAUUGAAACUCAACUAUUCUAUUUGGGUAGUCCCUAUUAUGGAUGUCCUGGGAUAAUUAUUCAACAUGCAGAUAAGUACCUAUCAGUAAAGAUGCUUGUUGAUAAAAAUUAUCCUAAAGAACCAGAUUUCGGAUCAGAAAUAGCAAAGAAAUUUGCUAGUCGAACCAAAUAUCUCCCUUCAUAUACCGUUGCUAAAAAAUUGGGUAUGAGUGGUUUAACUUUAAGCAAAUUGACUGCUAGUUUGCAUGUUAGUUGUAAAUCAACCGAUCAGCGAAUCAAUCUCGGCCUUAAUUUAAAAUUUGAGGCAAAGAAACAAAAGGUGUUGGGAUAUACCAGGAAAAAUAAAGAUUCUUGGGAGUAUAGCGAAAGAGCAAUGCGAAUUUUGGCAGAAUAUAAGGAUAAAUUCCCAGAAUUUAUUCAAGCUUUAGAAAAUAAGCAUAAAGAUGAAAUAUAUACUGCAGAAGACUUUUAUCCCAAAGAAGAAGCCGUGUCCAAAAUCCAUGCUAUUAAGGAUUGGCUUAGAACUGUUGAAGUAAGAGAUUUCGAAAAGGUAUCAUUGGAUGCAGAGCAAUUAGAUAAGGAAGCAAUAAAAGACAUAGAAAAGGCUGCUGAUGAGUAUCUUGAACAACGUAAACUUACUAAAUCUGAACAAUUAUUAAAACCAUCUCAUGCACCAACUAUUUUGCAAAACCAAACAUUCAACCUCGGUGAUCGAGUCGUUUUUGUUAAAGACACCGGAAGUGUACCAAUCGCAUCAAAAGGAACAAUCGUUGGUAUUGAAAAAGCCAAUAUCGAUGUAGUAUUUGAUACCACGUUUAUGAGUGGGUCCACGUUAAGCGAUAGAUGUUCAAAUUAUCGUGGAAUGACAGUUCCUUCCAACUCUUUGCUUAACUUGACACGUCCACAAUUUCUUGAUCGUCAUUCAUAUAAUGGAGGAUCAAGACAUAAUACAGGUUCUUAUCAUCAAUCAGUGCAAAAUGGACAUCAUAUGUAUCACAAUUCAUACCCUCAUUAUAAUUCCUACAAUCGUGGAAGUGGUAGAGGCGUUAUGCAUUCUUCAAAUAAUCAUCCUACGAAUGGUUCAUAUCAGAGACAAGUUAUUCCUUCUAAUCGUCCUCGUGGUGCAGGUGGAUCGAAUGGUUACAUAUCAGCGUCACAAUCACAUCAAAAUCGAUCACGAUCAGCUGGUUCACAAUCUUCUACAAAAUAUAUAGGAGGAGCGGUUAUUUAUCGUGGCUUUAAUGGUAAUUCAAGAGGAUCAAAUGGGAACGGUUCUUUAUUUAGGGGUCGUGGAGGACAUUUUGGUAAUGGACUACCAUCGCGAGGGCGUGGAAGAGGAGAUGGGAAAACAUAA